UAUUUAUUUGUUGACAAAACCCUAAAUUGAUCGUGUGGGGGCGCGCGUGGAGGAGAUAAUUGCUUGUCCAGUUGUCUGCAGCGGAAGGAGAGAAGUUUCUGCUUAUUGCAUCGCUUCCAGUGUUUUGAUUUCUUAAGGAUUAUGGCGACUCAGAUUCUGGUGGCUGCCAACGGUCUCGCGGAGCAGGAGCAGGAGCAGUUGCUUCUGUCCCUGUCAUCGCCGAUUGGCUGGUAUCAUGCUUGUAGAAGCCAUAGCAAAAGCAGGUAAUCUGUGGGUUUCAAUGGACACGGUGAUCAAGUCACAGAUCAAGGAUCUUUUGCUAACAACUCUUGCCUCAUCAUCGGAGGCAAGGCAAGCUUCAUCCCAGGUUAUCGCAAAGGUAGCCUCAGUAGAAAUCCCUUUAAAGCAGUACUGGCCUGACCUUUUUCAAUCCCUGCUUAGAAACAUGACGCAGCAAGGUAUUCCUGCACAAGUGAAGCAGUCUACCUUGGAGACUAUAUGCUAUGUCUGCCAGGAGACAUCUCUUCUUGUGAAUCAUGAAGUGAAUAACGUCAUCCGAGCAGUACUCCGCGGAAACCUCCCUAGUGAACCCAUCGGAGUUCGUCUCGCAGCAACAAAGGCGCUGCUCAACGUCUUGGGUUUUGCACAGGCCAACUUUGGGAACGAGAUGGAGUGUCGUUUGAUCAUGAGGGUGGUGUACCGCGCAGCUAUGUCCCAGGAAGUGGAGAUCAGGGAGGUGGCUUUCCAGUGUCUGGUGUCUAUUGCAUCAAAAUACUACGAGGUACUAGGAUGGCCCUAUGGGGAACUCUUUAACAUUACUUUGAAAGCAAUCAACGGUGACGUACACAGUGUUUCCCUCCAAGCAAUUGCGUUCUGGAACUCAAUCUGUGAUGUAGAGAUGGAGCUGCUUCAGGCCCAUUCGGAUUUCAUUAAGUAUAAUAUUCCUCAUUUGAUACCCAUUUUGCUAGAGUCUCUGGAGGGAGAAGAAGGCCAGGAGGAGGACAAAGUCGAUGCUGUAAUGAACAUCAUACCGAAGCUUCUCUCGCAAAUCCUGAAAAAACUAGGCCACACUCUGGACAUGCAAAUUGAUGAUGGUCGUGAGAAACAACAAGCUUCUUCUCUAUGCGGUCUUCUUCAGCUCAUAGUCGAAAAACUCAGUGGCACAGACAAGACCAAGCACUUAGUUUUGCAAAACGCUGAUGCCAUUAUGACUAUGCUGCUCAGAGUGCUUGCUACUUCCCGAGGAGGAGGAGGAGGAGGAGAAGCAAUGCUGGCUACUGGAGCUCUUGCCUGUGCUACUGGACCUGCCUUUGAGAAAUACGUCCCCGAGCUCUUCAAACACCUCCAAGCGGGUCUUGAGAAUUUUGAGGAAUGCUCAAUCACUGUUGUUGUAGUUGGUGACAUUUGUCGUGCCAUAGAUGACAAGAUCCUACUGCCUUUUUGCGACCAGAUCAUGAGUCUCCUCCUCAAGAACCUCCAGAGCGAUGAGCUCCCCAGAUCUGUGAAACCUCUGAUAUUCUCCUGCAUCCGAAACAUUGCGCUAGCCAUUGGUGUGCACUUUUCUGAGAGGUACCUAACUCCAAUUCUGGUGGAGAUCAUGCAAGGAGCAGCAGGAGAGGUGUGUGCGCAGCAGAGCGAUGAAGAGCUUAGAAAAAGCGUACUCGAGGCUUACUCUGGGAUACUACAAGGUUGUGGAGAUGCAAAGGCCGAGGUCAUGAUGAUGCCAUACGCUCAAUAUCUCUUACAGUUCAUCGACCUCAAUGCCCAAACGGCAGAGGGCGUGGUGGUGCAAGCUGCGGUGGCAGCGACGGGAGAUCUUGCAGACGCAUUGGACAAAAGACAAAGCAGCUGUUAGAGAACUUCCAUGUAUGGCCAAGAGGUAGAAAAGAAGUUUAGGGUUUAUCAGUGAAGGUGGAAGUAUGAAACUAUGUUGAAUGCUCUUAUCUUUAUCAGAGAUUAUGAAACUGGGUAACUUUUUGCAUUUUCUAUAUUAAACUUGUCCUCUAUACUC